ACAUCAUCUACGACUGUGGAUGAAGCUUAUGGAAACGAAGUUGUGGCUCGGUCCAAUUGAAAUCUAACGAUAUCUGGAUAAAGAUAAAUUUGGGCUUAGAAAGCCCAAGAAAAUUGCAAGCAGUCGUUAUAGGACCCUAAACCCUAACACAAACAAAACCAGUAUGCCAUGGAACCUUCACACAGAUGCAGAGCACGGUCAUCGUCAUCCUCCCUUCCCCCUCGUCAUCAUCAUCAUCAUUUUCACCAUCACCAUCAGCACCACCACCACCACCAUCACCACGGUCCCUUGAUCUUCUUGCCUCACCAUCAUCACUUGAUCAUCUGCCCUUACCACCACAUAAAUCAUCAUAGCUAUCAUGUAAACGCUACUUUUACUCCUCUUCCGCCCCAAAAUUCAGAUCAGCCUUCGCAGAAUCCUUUCAAGUUACAGGCGGAAGCUCGCCUUUUCAAACAUACUUCUCAUUACGAUGCUCAGACGUGGACGUUGCAAGAUGAAGAGAACACAGGUUUAGCAGAAGAGGAAGAGGAAGAAGCUGAGGAGCCCAUCUUUGUUCUAACUGAUGAAUGGAGAGAGUUUUUUGCAGCAUCUGAAGCCAAGAGAAAAUUGGCGAAGAAGCAGGCUAAGAAGAAAUAGCAGAAACCGACAACAUUCCGGGACGAUCAAUCUUUCAAGUAUGAGAUAGGAUGUGUCGUAAAUAAAAAUGUUGUCAAAUUGCCAAUUAUGCAACAUAUAUAUAUAUAAUUUGGAAACCA